AUGCUUCGUCUCCUGUCCCAGAGAGCCAUGUGGCAGAUGGGCACCCUGCGCCGUGUGCUCCGGGGGCCUGGUGCACACUGGCUGCCCUUGGGGGUCCGGUGCACUGGGGGGUCAGCUCCCCACCUUCGCUGCGUGAGUACCUCAGUGGCAGUGAGGACUGCCAAACCCGGCAAGUCGAAGGCUGAGGAGGAGCCUCAACCCGCCCCGCUUCAGAACCAGGCCGAAACAGGCUCACAGUACGCAGCGGAAUCAGCACAGGCCCAUGCAGAACCCCCGGAGGAACCUGCAGAGAUCGAUCCCCUCCAGGACAAGUCCAUUGGCCUUUACCAGAGGUUCAAGAGGACCUUCAAACAGUACGGCAAAGUGAUGAUCCCAGUGCAUCUCCUGACUUCUUCCAUAUGGUUUGGGGCAUUCUACUACAGUGCCAUGAAGGGUGUGAAUGUGGUUCCAUUUCUGGAGUUUAUCGGUUUGCCCGAAACAGUUGUUGGCUUGCUGAGGGACUCUCAAAGUGGCUAUGCGCUGACUGCCUAUGCCAUGUAUAAGAUUGCCACCCCAGCCAGGUACACCGUGACACUGGGUGGAACAUCGCUCACGGUGAAAUACCUCCGUAAGCAUGGUUACGUCUCUACUCCGCCCCCGGUCAAGGAGUACCUCCAGGACAAAAUGGAGGAGACCAGAGAACGUCUGUCAGAAAAAAUGGAAGUAACGAAAGAGAGGUUCUCUGAGAAGAUGGAGGAGACCAGAGAGCUCUUCUCGGGCAGAAUGGAGGAGACCAAAGGGCGCAUUUCAGGGAGGAUGGAGGAAACCAAGGACAAGUUUUCAGAGAAACUGCAGGAAACCAAAGACAAAGUGUCUUUCCGAAAAAAAGCAGAGUAAAAUUCAGUUGUAGUCGGAAGGGCAGACGCUCCAUAUCUGUUAAUCAGCAUUCUCAGUUUCAUUGUGUAAUAUGCAUGUGGUUCCUGUUUUAAUCCCAGCAAAUUUCCUCUUUAUAUGCUGACAGCCCCGACGAUAACCGUGCACAAGUAAUUAUAAGAUGACUGCAGGGGAAUGAGCUUACAUAGUUCUUAAUGCACAAAACGCAGUCCAGGAGGUGGUGUAAUAAUGUCGAAUUUCAGUGUCCUCUCUACCAUUUGCACGUCAUGGUCCUAUUACUUCACCAUUGAGAGAUUUUGCUGACAGUUUUACGGUGGAAAAAGCUGAAAGGUGACUGGUACACUGUAUGAAUGCCUGUUUUUUCAUGUGCAUUUACCCUCAGCUGUAAUUGACAACUUAGAAAGAAGCAAUUGUCAUCUAAAACAUUUAUCUGUAGAUCAUAAAAGCUAGUUGACUACCAACUUUAAACUUUAUCUCUGCUUAGACCACUGAAGCCUAUUGUAAAGUCUGGGUUGACACAUUUGUCCACUGUUUAAAACAGAUUGGCCUUUCCCCAGAUUUUUUCUGGAGUGUUCGUUAGAGUGAAUUGUUAUUGAAAGUGGAUAUAUUUUAUGUAAUUUCAGAGCUAUGGAAUACCCAAUUCAUUAUAUAAUAUAAACAAAGUAUUCAAUUAUGGCUGUGUCUAAAUUCAAAUAAGUAAUUGCACCAUACUCCAUCUGUCUUAACUGUUUUGUAAAACUCCAAACAAUCUUUGAAGGGGAAUUCCACACAAAAAUUCAAAAUAAAAAAGGACGUUAUCCUUUAGUUUAAGGAUAGAUGGCCCAAUUUCUUGUGACAAAUCCAGCUAUGAAGUGCAGAAAUUAAGAACAUGGUUUUAGCUGUGUGAAUCACAUGGGGGCGCUCAGUUUGGGAGGAAUUUUGCUUUAAAUAAAUUUAACAGAAACCCUAAAUUUAGGGUGCUGAUCAAGAGCCUGUGGCAAGUCAUUGCGUUGAAUCGAAGAAAUAAAUGUCUCGUUCAUUCAGGAUUAUCUGUUGCUAGUGAGAUAGUGAUUCUGACCGAAGAUGAGCAUUACACACCUCACAUUGUCUUUAGUGUUCACUGGCAGACAAGAUGUCUAAAUGUCCCUCCUUCACGGAGUGCAAAUAAAAGCAUAUCUACUCAUAAAUGUACUGAUUUUGGAACAGCGUGCUGUAAGACCUGCAAAAUGAAAUGUAGCCUAAUGCACAGUUUGAUGUCAAUUAACUGAAUUUGAAUAUUUCAUAAAAUCCUAAAUAUUGAGCAUUUUAUGGUGCACUUGGGCAAGAAGGUAUGGAUACGCGGGCCCGUAAGGGUUCAAUUAACUUCUCGGUUGACACAAUGCUGUUAUUAAUGCCUAUUAAAACACGGGUUUCAGUCAUUGAGUGUUUCUCACGGUGUCAGCCCUGUCAGACCGAGUGGCCUGUAGCCACAGUCUACCAGUGGCAGUAAUUUAAGGAAUGUUUAAAUACACAGGGUUCCUCAGGAAAAUAGGAUCAUCAUUUUUGCCAAAACCCUGAGGAGACUGGGAGGGUUGGUGCACUUUAACCUGCCAGAGUCCCUUGCGGGGUUGGGUGUAGUACGGACAUCCCGUGGGAAGAGCUGUGGCUUUUCUGUGUUGCACAUCUCAUUUGGGAGCACAGCACUAGGAGCUGCGUCUCAGAUUUUGUAAUCCAUCCCGUUUCUUUACAGCAGCUGCGGUGUCGAAAGUGUAAAAACUUUUCAUACUACUACAAGUGUUACUGGGAUUCUACCCAAGGAAUAAAAAGUACAAGAAAUGCA